AUGAAUAAAAAGAUACCUUCUAAACCAGCAACCGUCACUGAAUCAGGGAAGGACGCUUGGUACCGUUCAGGGAACCUAGCUGAUCCAACUCUCGAAGUAGUGUGUGAGUUUUACCCCUCACAGCGAUUAGGGUUGCGUUCUGGGAAACAGAGAAAGACAGGGGAGUCUAGUACACCAACUCAAUCUCAGUUUCUCACACCAGGAGAUGCAGCCAAGUCUCCAUAUUUGGCUAAGGAAGCAGGAGCCUCACCUCAGUUGAGAUCGAAAAGGUCUGGUGACAAAAGUGCUGAACCAAUGCCUCCUCUCAUCAAGAAAAGGUAUGAUCAGUUCCUUAAGCGUAAAGUACUUGCUGAGCGAUCGGUCGAUAUGAAGGAAGCUGAUCAGUGGGGUUACUUGGCGGUGAUUAAGAAAGGGUCUAUAAAAUCAACUGUCUCGAAUCUUGCUGUGUAUGUUGAGAAAGUUGUAGCUGAGUUCUAUGCAGGUCUGCCAGGUACUAAAGCUGAAGCAGAUGUUGAUGAAGUAGUUGUUUCCGUGAGAGGACAAGAGUACAAGUUCUCACCUGCGCUCAUCAACAACGCCAUAGAUUGGGAACCACUUACUGAGGAAGAAGAGGAGGAAGACACAACUUUGGAUGAUAUCUCAGUAACUGAGUUGGUUUCAUUCAUCACUGGAGAUACGAGGACAGAAUGGGACGGUCUCACUACAGCGGAUCUUACUCCGUGCUACGGUGCCUUGAUGAUCAUAGCUGCAUACAACUGGAUUCCUUCUACUCACAAGACUUAUGUCUCACUUGAGAGGGCACGGCUGAUCUACAAGAUGGCUCAUGGAGUCCGUGUUGAUUUGGGUAAGAUGAUGUUCAGACAGAUUCUCAAUCUUGGAGUGAUUCAGGUCCAUGAUGCACGUUGGUUGAUCUUCCCUCGCUUGAUCAUGGCACUCCUCCAAAGCCAGCAUGCAGUUACAUCUUACCCUAGUGACAAGCUCCAACGUCCGGUUCCUUACAAGAAGGAUAAACGAGUGGGCGAGAUUUAUGAGCAGAGACUAGCGAAAGGAAAGGGACCAGCUAAAGCUGAACCAAAGAGAAGCUCUGCCAGGACAACCCGUCAAUCAUCUCCUGCUCCGAUUCCUGCUCCACGAACUGCUACACCAAGCUCCAGGACUGCGCCACGUCGUGUAUCUCUGUAUGAACUUGGAUCAGUUGCCAUCCCUCGAGGACCACUCAGCCGUGUUGAUUUGCAAGUGGCACUACAGGACACAACACGAGCCCUUCAAGCGCUAGCUGAGAUAGUUCAGGAUCUUCAGAGCGCUGUAGCAGGGGGAGAAGAAGAAGACUAGGAUGUAGAAGACCAAGAUUGUGGGGGAGCUCUGUGUUCUGUUGCUUUGUUUUUAUGUCUAUGUUAUUUCCAUUGCACCACUUGUUGCAAUUUCUUGUCAUCCAUGUUUUCAGACUGGCUAAGAUUAUGGGGGAGCAUUUGCAUAUGCUAUCUUUUGAUAUUAUGUAUUAAUUUGCUUGAACCCGUUUUUAGGAUAAUAUAAGUAUGUUCUUAAUUGUCUUGAGUUGGUUGAAUUAACAUUUAGACAUAUGUACUGGUGCUGUUGUGUGUGGAUUGUUCUUGUCUUUUAUCUCAGGUACUUGUGAGACGACGAAUUAAAAAGGGGGAGAUUGAAGGUGUAUGGGAAGACGAUGCUGUAGCAGAGCUGAAGUAGUUCAUGAAGUGUGACAUGAACUACUACAUCAGAGGGGCGGUUCGUGAGAAGCACAUAUCA